AUUAAAUUAAAUUUGACGAAAAUGUUAUUUGCAAAUCUUUUGCGACGAAGAAGCAGCAGUUCUCUUCCUUUGCUUCUAGGAACCGUCGUCGUUUUAUGGUUUUGCUCUUCACAUCAUGUUACAGCAACAGGCUCUAAGGUGGAGUAUCUCCCAGGGGUUCAACCUGAAGGGCCUCUUCCAUUUGAACUUGAAACCGGAUAUAUAGGUGUUGGGGAAUCGGAAGAUAUACAACUUUUUUAUUAUUUUGUAAAGUCUGAAUCAAAUCCCAGUAUUGAUCCUAUUGUGCUUUGGAUUUCUGGUGGUCCCGGAUGCUCUUCUUUUGUUGCAAUGACCGAAGAAUUGGGGCCAUUGUUAUUUGAUCUACCAAAGAAUAACUGGAGUUUGCCUACAUUGUCACUAAAUCCUUUUUCAUGGACAAAGGUUGCAAGCUUUAUCUUUCUAGAAUUACCUGUAAGAACAGGAUUUUCGUAUGUUAAAAGUUCAAAACAAUAUAGAGUGAAUGAUGUAGAAACAAGUUAUCAAGCAGCCGAAUUUAUUCGCAAGUGGUUAGAAGAUCAUUUUCAAUAUCAAUCCAACUCAUUCUAUGUUGGUGGAGACUCAUAUUCUGGUAUUACGGUUCCAAUGGUUGUUCAAGCAAUAUCAGAUGGGAUUGAUGCAAGAUUUAAGCCACUCAUUAAUCUUAAGGGCUACUUAAUUGGCAAUGGCGUCACAAUUCAAGCUGACAACAACUUCGAUGAUACUUUCCAAACGGCUCGCGGAUUUAGUCUUCUUUCAAUCGAACAGUAUAAGUCAGCGGUAGCUUGUAAGGGGAAAGAUUGCUUGGAUGAGCUCGGUAGACUGACUACUGGGGAACAUUAUUAUUGGCCUAAUGUUGUUGGAGAAGAAAACGAUGCUAAGAGGUUCCGUGGGUACAACGUACAUGCCUUUGAUCGUCAUUUAAUAUUUAAGGCUGCACUAAUUGCAUCUCAGUGGAUGAAUCAUGAUAAUGUUCUGGAGGCCCUGCAUGUUCGGAAGGGAUGCGGUGAAAAAUGGGCUAAAUGCAGGAUACCUUUGCAUUAUGAAAGAACUGUGCACGACACUAGACCAUAUCAUGCAAAUCUUAGCACAAAAGGUUACAGAUCUCUUAUAUACAGUGGAAAUGCUGAUUUGUAUGUGACUUCACUUUCUACUGAAAGAUGGACAAAAUCAUUAAAUUAUUCUAUCAUUGAGGAUUGGCGACCUUGGUUGAUAAACAAUCGAAUUGCUGGAUAUACAAGGACCUUCUCUAACAACAUGACAUAUGCCAAAAUCCUGGGAUCAGACCACAUUGCUCCAACAAUAACACCUGCUGAUUGCUUCAUUAUGUUUAAAAGAUGGAUAUCACAUGAACAACUUUAAUUUUGAUUGACAAUGGUAAAAUCUACGUUAGAAGUAUGUUUCCUUCAAAAACAUAUGAGCAUAUGGCUAUACUUAAGUUUUAUUUUGUACUAGUGAAUUCAUGUCAAAAAAUACAAAAUAUUAUUAUAAUAUUAUUGUAAUGAAUAAAUUACUGCGGAGUACACUUUUAAAA